GCUGCGCCGAUGCUGGUGUCGGCUAUCCUACAGCAAUUAGACUGCUCCAGAGCGAUUUUUACCUGGCGCAAUUGGAACAGCAAUUCAUUAAUCAGUCAAAACAAGCACAAGUCGGCAUGCCAGUGACAGCACCAUGCGCAGGGUGCCUCCACGCAUUUGAGUAGUUGAGCAGCAUCGCGCGCAGCGAUAGUAAUAAACGAGUCCCGCUGUUCGCAGCGCCAGGCGCAUCCCUCCUCUUUCCAGCCUAGUAGUGUUUGACUGGCAGGAAGCUUGCGGUGCCUCAGCCGCCAGUUAAGAAUUGCAUCUGUUUUCUUGGAGAACCCCGGGCAGUCACCAUACCUGUCUGCAACGCAAAUCUUUUCCUACAUCAUUCGCUAGUCUCGACAGAUAAGGGAAAGGGAAUCAUUCGCCAGCUUUGAGGAGCGGACUCGGCGUUAACGCUUGACUGAUACUGGAUAUCUUCCUCGCCGUGUGAUACUCGAGGAUGUAUUUUACAGCGGUCUACACUUCAUCUCUCACCUCACAGAAACGAGAGGGGGUUACAGGGUGAAAGAUACACAUCCAUCCCCUAUACGCAGAACGGGAAGCGGGAAGCCCGAAGCAGUUUGCCUGGGGACUGAUUUGAUGGAGCAUCUGUCAUAGUGCGUUUCCUCGAAACAGCCCUGCCGCCUGGAGAAUUGACCAAAUUAAUGGGAUUGAUUAAUAGCCACUGAGCUGGCUAAUUCUCUGCACUUGCCAUCGCCACAUCGAGAUUACAAGGACGUUUUGUGCGUCGGUAUCAGUCAUGUGUUCAAGUUCAGUGGAACUCUUUUAAAAGUGUGCAUCUUGGACCCUUGGUAUCGAACUGAAGACCAUAUUAUUGGAUGUGUCGUGGAUGUGUAGCCUACUGGAUGAUAAAGCAGCAUUUGUCAUUUGGAUGCUGUUACUGAGAUUGCGUUUAAGGCUUUUUUGAAUCUUGACUGAGUUUCUCCGUGCCAAAGUGAUCAUGCCAGUCAGUGCAAUGCCACGGGGUCGGUCUCUGAGUCCGGCGUCCCUGUCCCGGAGUCUCUCCCGUCUCCGAGAGUUUCGAACGCGGACUCGGAUCAUGCUGUCCCUGGGAGUCUCUCAGAUGGUCCUGGGGAGUCUUAUCCUGGCCGUCAGCUUCGCAGCUUUAGCCCUAACUACCUCCCCUCGGGUCAGGCACUCGUGUCCUUUCUGGGCAGGCUUUUCGGUGCUGCUGUCUGGGUUGAUAGGAGUGGUGUCAUGGAAGAGGCCACUGUCCCUGGUGAUUACCUUCUUCAUGCUGCUGUCGGCAGUGUGUGUGAUGCUGAAUCUGGCCGGCUCCAUCCUGUCCUGUCAGAACGCUCAGCUGGUCAACUCACUUGAGGACUGUCAGCUGAUUAAAUUUGACACUGACGGUGUGUGUGUGUGCUGUGAACUGCAGCAUCAGAGUUCCAGCUGCAACAACCUGGGAGAGACACUCAAGCUCAACCCCCUGAGAGACUGCAAUACCAUACGUCUGCGCCUCAAGGAGCUGUUGUUCAGUGUGUGUGCGCUGAACGUCAUCUCCACCAUCGUGUGUGCUCUGGCCACAGCCAUGUGCUGUAUGCAGAUGGUCUCCACUGACGUGCUGCAGAUGUUCAUGCCACACAGGGCUCGGGCGUUAAGUGCGGACUGUAUGACCCCCCACGGCACCAUCCUUCACCAGACUCUGGACUUCGAUGAGUUCAUCGCCCCCAUCCCCCCUCCUCCUUACUACCCCCCGGAGUACACCUGUACGCCCAUCAUGGAGGGACAGAGGGGGCUUCAUCUGGACUUCCCCCAUAGCCCCUUCAGUGCCAUCUACGGGGUGCCCAUCAACAGCCCAGGAUCACUCUACCCCUCUGAGCUGCCGCCGCCAUACGAAUCAAUUGUGGGACAAACACCUGCCAGCCAGGUCACAACCAGUUUGGAGCAGCAGGCCACAGAAUCAAGUUUGUGUGAUCGCAACACAACAGCUGGCCUCAGCACCCAGGCCUCAGUGGAUAGUGCAUCUCUGAUGGUGUCGGAGCUGGCUGACCUGCCUGAUCCCAACUGCUCAUCGGAGGACCUCUGUUCCCUGGAGGUGCAGGGUUCCGACAUGUCCCCCUAUGGAACACUCCGGAAUGCGGUCCCUACGUCCACCCCCACCGAUGGCAGUUGCACCAGCCUGGAGCCCAGCAGCCACCGCUCCACCCCCCAGCGGCUCCGUCACCCCCCCACACCCACCUCCCGCUCGCCUGCCUGCUCCACGGAAAACAUCGCCAGAGAGGAGGAAGAAAGGGAAUGCUGCUCCAGGAUUACCCAAAACUUGGAAUUCUCCCAGCAGCGGGAUUCCCGAUCCAGCAGGAAGAUGACCCUUCCGGUCUCAGCCUCCCCGUGUGCCCCCCCUGCUGGCACCUCCUCUUCCUCCUGCUGCUGCUCCUCUUCCUCCGGGGCCCCCGGCACCCACGGGUCGGCCACGGCAACCUGCCCCUCACCCUCAUCCUCUCACGGCCGCUCUAGAGGAGCGCGGCUCUGCUUCAGCGUCUGGUCUCCUUCAACCUCCUCCUCCUCCUCCUCACACACCUCUCAGCCCGCCUCCGGUCCCUCGCCAUGCGAUCGCCCACGAGCACUCCGGGCAGCUGGGAGAAAGUACCGGAAGCUUGCACGGAUAGUACGGUCCACCAGUGACCCGGUCUCCUGCACGUCAGUGUCCAGAGGUGACGGCUGUAGCUGCGCUUCUCCAGGUAACCAGCCCGCUGAAGGCUCCUCCCCACAGAUCUCACCUGGACCAGAUGGUUCAGAUCAACCAGAAGCAACAGCAUCUAUGCAAGGUCCCCCCAAACCCAUCACCCGCGCUGGGGGUCGCAAACCGAGGGAGGGGGGCAAGGCGGAGCUCCGUCUGAAGCCCCGGACGCUGCCAUCGACCCUCCAGGAGCGCCCCCACUCGCUGGCCGACUUCAAGACCUACAAGGACACCAAGAUCCUGGUGGCCAAGUUCCUGGAGCACUCCAGCUGCAGCCUGCCCCCAGAGAUCCAGCAGGUGGUCAACAGCAUCCGCUACGUCAUCAAGUCCGACGAGAGGCACAUGGACGAGGCUAUCUUCAGCGCCAACAUCAUAGAUCAGAUGACCCAGUCCCAGCGCAUGGCGGGAAGCCCCAGGAAACGUCUCCAUGAGGACCUCCACCUGCAGAGCUGUGGCGCUUUGAGUUCGCCCUGCUCGCCCCUGCGUCACCCCUCUCCCAGCGCCCCGACCCCCUCAGCCCCCUCAGCCCCCUCAGCCCCCUCCCAACCUCCAGGAUCUACCCCCACCCUUCCCAACCGUCCCCAAAGCCUCAUCAGUGUCUGCAGAGAAACCAUACUCUGACUCAUCAGGCAGGUCCCCAUCCCUCUGACCCCGCAACCUUCAGUGCCCUUAAAAAGGGAGAAGUGCCAAGGUCAUGAUCUUCAUCAGCAGCAAAAAUUGUAGCAUUUACAUACAUACAUACAAACACCCACACACACACACACAAAUAUACACACAGCUCAUCAUCUCUGGAGGGGCUUCCCUCAAAACUCCAACAAAAAAAAAAAAAACAAUUUUAAGACCUGAAUAGAACAGAUGGAUAAAAUAUAUUUAUUUUUUACAUCAGUCAAAGCAAAACUCAUUCUGGACAGGACAGGACAACAGGAGUGUUUCAGCCAGACAUCGCUCAGGCCCUGACCUGGGUGAAAAGAUGUCAGGGUGAUGGAUGGACUUCUAUCAAACUGUGAAAGUAGCAAGAGAUUGGGGACACUGCUGGCCUCUGUAGUCUUUUGUUUUGGAUGAUUUUGGAGCUGAGUGUCUGUGUCAUUGAGUGCCACAGAGAGGUCUAUCUGAUGUUCUGUACUACUCUGGAUUAUGUCACUUACCUCAGUGUAUGAUGGUUCCUAUCAGCAUUACAAUAAAAAGAUAUGGCUUUUUA